AACGGCGCCGCCAUCUUUGAUUCGGCAUCCAGCUGAUACAUCCAUGUGCCCGAUGCCCGAGUGAACGUCGGAGAGCAAUGGCGGCAUGCAGGGGAUCCUCGUCGAAGUGGUUUUUCACCCGGGAGCAGCUCGAGAACACGCCGUCCCGCCAAUGUGGAGUUGAGCCAGAUCGGGAGCUCUCCUACCGACAGCAAGCGGCGAACCUGGUCCAAGACAUGGGCCAGAGACUCAACGUCUCUCAACUGACAAUAAACACUGCCAUCGUUUACAUGCAUAGAUUUUAUAUGCACCACUCUUUCACCAAAUUCCAUAGAAAUAUAACAUCUCCGACCACCUUGUUCUUGGCCGCAAAAGUGGAAGAGCAGCCCCGGAAACUUGAACAUGUGAUCAAAGUUGCACAUGCUUGCCUAAACCCCCAAGAAUCACCUCUAGACACAAAAAGUAACGCAUACCUCCAGCAAGCUCAAGAGCUGGUGAUACUUGAAUCCAUAGUGCUGCAGACCCUGGGAUUUGAAAUUACUAUUGAUCACCCACACACUGAUGUGGUGAAAUGUUCCCAGCUAGUGCGAGCAAGCAAGGAUCUGGCACAGACUUCCUAUUUCAUGGCUACCAACAGUCUCCACCUCACUACCUUCUGCCUCCAGUACAAGCCCACAGUGAUCUCCUGUGUGUGCAUCCACCUGGCGUGCAAGUGGUCCAACUGGGAGAUCCCAGUUUCCACUGACGGGAAACACUGGUGGGAGUACGUGGACAACUCUGUCACUCUCGAGCUGCUUGAUGAGUUGACCCACGAGUUUCUGCAGAUUCUGGAGAAGACACCCAGUCGGCUAAAGAGGAUACGCAACUGGAGGGCAACACAAGCUGCCAAAAAGCCCAAGAGUGAAAGCAACCAGUUGAUGGACUCGUUCGCUGGGCCUUCCAUGCUCCUUGACCAAGGUGAUGCCACACUUCCUGGAGUACCAUCUUCCAACCCAACUUUCUCAAGAGCGGCCGCUGCCUUCACCAUGUCCAUGCCUGGCCAGUCUGGAGGUGCAGCCCUGUCUCUGGACACCAUGGCUAGCAUAUAUAAUCCUGCUAGCCACAGUGAGUGGCCCCAGGGCAAACAGAGCCAAGCAGGGUUCCUUGCUACCUGUAUAAAACCGGAGCCCCUCAGCAGCCCCCUCCACGAGCAGACACUGUCCCUGCAGACCUCCACUUCCUUGUUGCUUCAGCAUCCACCCAUAUACAAGACUGAGAAAACGGAAGACUUUAGCCCUGUCAAACAUGAACAAAAAGGAGCUGGUUUGAGUGGAGUGGGCAAGCAUCAGCCACCACCUCAGUCUGCAUACCCCCCACCAGUUCAGCCUCAGCCACCGCAACCUUCUCCAGCUCCGAAGCUGUCUCUGGACAAAUACAGAGAGAAACUCGCUGCAGAGUUUGCUGUCUCGGGGCAGAAACGGCGGCAGGAGCAGCAUGGUGGGGCAGUGGAUUGUGAAGUUAGGGGAGAAAUGUCUGCUUCAUCCUUAUCUACCUAUGCACAGUCAUCUAUGAGCCAUGACCAUAGAAAACAUUCACAGCCCCACCAAACAUCCCAUGGUGGGGCUGGCAGUACUACUGCCUCCCCGAUGAAAAUGAAAGUCCCUUCCUCAACUUCUGGGCAAGACAGACGACACCACAGGGACAAAGGCUUGCUUAAACUGCGCCUGGCUUUGCCUGGGUCUGGCAGCAGCUCCCAGCAGGUUAAAAGUGGACAACCCGGCAAAGAUGAACUUAAGAUGAAGAUAAAAGUUUCAUCAUCAGAGUACCACAGCUCAUCAGACGAAGGCAUGGCAGCCAACAACAAGGGUAAACAUUCCAGCCCGCUGGUGAGUAAGGAGAAGCAUCGCGGAGCUGAGCACAACCUCCAUCGCCAUCACAAGCACAGCCACCCUCACUCGCACAGCGGUAACGGGCGAGGAGGCCCAGAGGGCCACUGUGGUAGCGGAGACCUAUGGGGGACCCCAGGACUGGUCGGCAUGGAAGGUAUGACGCUUGCUCCUCCCGGAUCCGCCCCUUUGUCUUCAUCCACGUCGCGCAAGAGGGUGUACCCAGAAGUUGGCCACAACCACCACCCUCCCUCCUCAUCCUCCACUUCCUGCUCCAAAGUGAGCAAAAUCUCCAAGGGUGGUACUGGUGCUGCAGGUACUUCAUCUUUUUCUUCCCCCUUUUUUCCCCCUUGCGCCUCUCCUGUACUGCAGUGUGUCUCAUCUGGCUUGCAGCUCUUUGGCUAACAACCCCCCCCCCUUUUCCUCUUCCUUAUUCUUGUUUCUGCUCCUCCCCUCCUGUCACACCCAGGUGGGCUGCGGACCUCUCAGCAGUACCCUCCUCCUAGCGAAUCGCCACACCAAGUGGGAGAGCAGAGACACUGAGUCCACCACUCUGCAGCCAUGGCCACCUCUUGGAAAUGGCACCAAACUUCCCACAGUCGAGACUUUGAAGACUAUGUUCACCUCCUUGUCAAGUGCCCUAGAAAAAUAACUAUCUGAUAAUGAACCCUUUACUGAAAGUCAGAAAAACGUAUCUCCAUGAAAAGUAUAAUGUUCCACCUCUCGAUUCCCAAGAGACGAUAAAGAAAAGAAAUAUGCUACCUGACUGUCGCGUCUCUGGGCUGCGAUGCUCAGUCCUGUUUUUCUGUUAGUGUGUUGAAUUGCUGCUUGGUUCUCUUUCCUCCUCAGAUGGGUUUAGGAAUGUGCAAUGUGUGAGUGGUGGGGAGAGGCUGAGUGUGCGUUUCCAUCAGGAGGGAAGUCGCCCCCCUUAAUUUUAAAUCUCCAUGUAUGUUGAAACAAAAUGUAUUGCAAGGACUAUACGUAAUGAAAACUGAAUCACAUGUCUGCAGUUGUAUGGGGGGCAGUGGCCAACUGGAGAUGAGUUCUAGUUAUGUUUGCUGGCAUUCCAUAGUAGUGUUAAUGGUUGCAUUUUUUUUUUUAGAUGUAAAGUUCAUCUCCAAUUACUUGUCUUGAUUUCCUUUUAUACUUAAGGACUGUGCGUAUGAUUUGCAUGUUUCAAUCAUCAAAGGGAUUUAAAAGGUAGAGCACUUCCACAGGAAGUGAAGAUAAAUGUACAUACGUUUUUGUAUGUUUAAUGAAAGAAAAGAAACUAUACCGUGACUACUCAGGUUUGCAGCUGCUUGUAAGUAUAACAAGAUAACUAUAAUGCAUAUAAAAUAAUUAUUUUGUCGAUCAACCCUCUGGGCAUCACCGGAUGGAUGGUUCCAGUGGUGUACUUCUUACAGCCUUCCUACAGAGGGUGCUGUACUGUGCUUCUCCAUCACAGGAAAUAUCAGUUGCCCUCUGAAACACAGGCACAUUCAACACUGACUAAUCACAUCAGAGUGAUGCUAUUUGUACCAAAACAUUUUUUUUUUGACCUCACAGUAAACCUUCAGCUAGAUGCCAAAGGUUUUGUCUCAAAAAAAACUGACAAGGACAGUAGUUGCUUGCUAUUAAAGUUUACAUAACGCUUUAUUUAGAAGUGCAUCCGACAGGAUUUCAUGUCAUGAAGCUUGUAGCCCUUGAGAUGUCAGCCCAUAAAAGGGAUACAUGUAUGAUUACAUUCGCCAUUAACGGAGAACUAUUCAGGAGGAAAGAGACACCCCCCCCCCCCCCCCCCAAAUAUUCCAGCAACAGUUGUCAGAACAGUGACCGGCCAAGAAAGAUUAAAUCCAAGUAUCUGCAUUGUGGACGUGCUGUUGCAGUUGGUUAAAUAUACGUACCUCUGUGGACGCGUCUUUACAUCCGUUUUAUACAUUGAGCUCUAUAUUGUUCUACAAUCUUGGCAUGACCCAGUCCCCCCUGUUUUUGACUGGGUUUACUUGUUUAUUUAUAGAGUGCACAAAAUACCCAAUAACCUGAGGCUGGAUUGUUUGAACCCUCAUUAGGGGUGUUACAGUUGGGCACACAGAACAACAACAGUUGUGGACAAAUGAGCAUGAGUCACUCUUUACAUCCUUUCUUAUUUUCCUUUCAGUAUUACAAAUAAACUUAAAAGUUGCUGUUAUCCUGACAGUAUAAAA